CUGACCAUCUCUUGUAUAAAAAUAAAGUUUUGGUUUCAGUUUUCGGCCUAGUGUAUUUUUCAUUUUUUGGUAGUGGUAAACCCAUUCGGCGCACCCCUAAGUCCUUUUCUUGGAGUACAUUACAGGACGUGGGUCCCUCACCUGUCUUCUUAUCUUCACUCCUAAUAUUGCUUGAUGAGAGUGGAAGGGAUCAUACUGGGCUGUCCUUACAGUCUACUGAAGGUGGCAGCAUAACCCAGAGUACCGGAACGCUUCGUCUCUGUCCUGGAAUAUACUCCAAGAAAAGGAUAUUACAGCAAGUCAGAAAAUCCUGUGUUUUGUCGCCUGCAAAGCUACGGGAAGAGUGAAAACGAUGAUUGGAAGCCGCGAUCGUACUGAGAACACAAGGUUGGACCUUUUUCUGACCUAAAGCCCCCGUAGUGUGAUCUCUUCUGUAACUCCAUUUUAUGAAGGAAGAGGGAGGGGCGGAAUAGGAGGAGAAGAAAGGUCCUUCAGUCAUUAUUCUGCUAUAAAUAAAAGGUGACAUUUGGGUGUCUUUGUGUUUCUAGGACAGCCGACAUCUAAAGAAAAGAGGCACCGAAUCCACCAAUACAAAAAUGGGGCGAGAACUGGCACAAAAAUUACUGAACCUCACCCUGGAUAUCAUCGCUCUACUGACCGGAGAGGAUUAUAUUCUUGUGAAGAAGUCGCGUCCGCGGGUCCAACUUGACAGAAGGACCGAAUGUUCGGAAGCGGUGCCCGGGUCCCAGGUGUUGGACUGGGUCAAUGAACACAUGGUCCUGGACUUGACCAGCAAGAUGUUUGAUCUUCUGACCAGAGAGGAGGAGGGCGUCACAGAUGGACAUGAAGAAGCCUCCACAAAAGUCACGAUCAAGAAUCCCCAGAGCUUCCCUCUAGCAGGUGUCUUCCAGGAGACCAAUACAGCCCCCCCACGUUCAUCAUCUUCCGGUUCUAUGGACGUGGAAGAAGUUGUUGUCCAGGAGGCCAAACACUUUAAAAUCUCCACGUGGACGGCCAUAUCCGAGGCGAAUGGCACCAAAAAGCUGGUCUUGUGUGAAGAGGACGCCAUGCAGGAUUCGGGUUCCAAUGAGGUACAAACUUCAUCUGCUCGUGUUGUGGAGGAACCUCUCCUAUCUAGAGGGGGAAAUCCUCAGGUUUAUACCCAACAUGUGUCUACUCAGGAGGAGCCGAUACCCCCGAGCCGAAGAAAUCCACUGCACACAGACCUGUCCACUCAGGAGGAGCCGAUACCCCCGAGCCGAGGAAAUCCGCCGCACACAGACCUGUCCACUCAAUGCUCAUCACCUGGAACUACAGAACAAUCCCCAUGUGACGGUGUCAUCCCAUCCCCCGACCACGCUCAUAACAUGGACAAGGAACCCCAAACAUCACAAAGGCAAAACCUGACCGUGAGAGACAUUGGUGAACCAUCAGAUUCAUCAACACACGUCAAGGAGGAACCCCAAAGUCUUCCAUCAUUGGACCAUCUACAAUAUACGUCUGUUAUUAUUAAUGAGGAGCACCUCUCAUCAGAGAACUACCAUCCCCCGCACACACCCGCUGUCCAUCCGCAGUAUACAGCUUUAGUUAUUAAGGAGGGACCCAGAAACUGUGCAGACAAUCGUUUCACCCCCACGGACCCUUCACCCGGAGAUCAGACAACGUCCGAGGGUCUGAAGGAAGAACCCGACUCAUGUGGAGAAAAAACCUUCACCCAACCUACAAUCCAUCCAGCCGCCAGUGACGCCCACUUCAUAAUCUUCACCAUAAAGUAGAGGAACCCCGUGAAGGGCGUUAUGGAAGUCCAGCCUGCCUGAGAAGUUUUGAUGUACACCGGCAGCUUUUUCUUUUGAAUUUCGUGUGAAACGCCCAAAAACUCCACCCGAUGCCAAAUUGGUGCAACACAUAGAGAGUGACACAAAACGGGCGCUACGUCUGUCCUCCACAAGGAAGGACCUUCCCCUGAUCCCCCGGGGCGUUAGGCUCCAGACGGGGACUGAGGUACUUCACAUGGUCCAUCUGGCCAAAACCAGACGGACCCCGUUCUCUGGAGGUUCUGACGAAACAGACCCACCCAAGUACUAGAUGGGG